UACUAAUUUGGUACAUCCAUCAGUGUGGCCGCUCGCAUGUGAUGCUCCCCUCUGAUUUUCCGCCAUCUUCAACUUCCCAUUGUUCAUCAGGGCAGGCAACCGAAACUAGCCGUUCAGCUAGCUAACGUGAAUCACAUUAGCUUGUCGGUGGCAUUGUUGUCACCUUCGGCAGUUUCUUUCGUAGCCCACGUCGAAACAGAUUGUUUAACAUAGGUACAACGCAAUACACACACAGGACUGAAAAAUGAUGAUGGACGAUGACCAGCCCAAGACCCUGUAUGUUGGGAACCUGUCUAGGGAUGUUACUGAGCCUCUGAUCCUCCAGGUUUUCACACAAAUAGGACCUUGCAAGAGCUGUAAAAUGAUUGUUGACACGGCUGGGAACGACCCGUACUGUUUUGUAGAAUUCUACGAACACAGGCAUGCGGCUGCGUCCCUAGCUGCCAUGAAUGGACGUAAAAUAAUGGGUAAGGAGGUGAAGGUCAACUGGGCCACCACACCAACCAGUCAGAAAAAAGACACAAGCAAUCAUUUCCAUGUGUUUGUCGGUGACCUUAGCCCGGAAAUCACCACAGACGACGUCAAAGCAGCAUUUGGCCCAUUUGGAAGGAUAUCGGACGCUAGAGUGGUCAAAGACAUGGCCACCGGGAAGUCUAAAGGCUAUGGAUUUGUGUCCUUCUUCAACAAGUGGGAUGCUGAGAACGCGAUUCAGCAGAUGGGAGGCCAGUGGCUGGGGGGGCGACAGAUCAGGACAAACUGGGCCACCAGAAAACCCCCUGCUCCCAAAGCCACUUACGAAAACAACACGAAACACCUGUCCUUUGAUGAAGUGGUGAACCAAUCCAGUCCCAGUAACUGUACAGUGUACUGUGGCGGGGUCAGCUCUGGUCUGACUGAGCAACUGAUGAGACAGACCUUCUCUCCGUUCGGACAGAUCAUGGAAGUGCGGGUUUUCCCAGACAAGGGCUACUCGUUUGUGAGGUUCAACUCUCACGAAGGAGCAGCCCACGCCAUCGUGUCUGUGAACGGGACCUCGAUAGAGGGCCACAUGGUCAAGUGCUACUGGGGCAAGGAGACCCCAGACAUGAUAAACCCCAUGCAGCCACAGGUGCAGGUACCCCAGAACAAAGUGGGUUUCGCGGCCGCCCAGCCCUACGGCCAGUGGGGCCAGUGGUACGGCAACGCCCAGCAGAUCGGCCAGUACGUGCCCAAUGGCUGGCAGGUGCCCACCUACGGCGUGUACGGCCAGGCCUGGAACCAGCAGGGUUUUAACCACUUACCAGCCAGUGCAGGCUGGACGGGGGUCAGUGCCAUCAGUAACGGCGGGGUUAUGGAGCCCACACAGGGACUGAAUGGGAGCAUGCUAGCGAACCAGCCUGGCAUGGGAGCCACAGGAUACCCCACACACUGAUAGAGGGGGGGUAGCCUGGUCCAGCCUCCUGGCUGCUGCCUCACACAGACGUGUCGGAUGCCCUCUCCAUUCGUGGCAAACUUGAGACUCAUUGGUACGUGGAAUGAGGAGGCGAAAUGGACUUCUGAAGCAGAGGACUAGAAUAGGGGGGGAGAGGUGUGUUAAAGGGAGUUAGGGAGGUUGUGCUCACACAGGUAUUACGCUCUUGUGGUAGACAGACUACAUGGAAAGAGAGCUAGACCGUUUUAAGUUAAAGUGUAAAUGAAUAUUAAACUGUAAAGUAGAUACUUUUGGGGAUUUGAGCCUUUUGUUUACAAUGACUCAACUGCUAUCAUUUUCAUUUAUAUAUUGCCAAUUGUCAAUGCUGUUUUUCUUUCUUUUUUUUCUUUUUUUUUUUUUUUACACAAGAAAAUUAUUUCAGUUUGAAGCAAUGAAUUAUGUGCAGUCAUCAAUCUUAACAGGUAUUCGGUUUUUGUCCCUACCCUCUUCCAGUUUAGAAUCCAAACCAGUUGCAGGGAUUGAUGCCACUGCUUUCCCCUCUAAGGGCAGAUCGAUAUUGCACAGUUUUUCUCUUGUAAUUUUACAAAUUUGAGGGGGUCUUUUUGCAUUCCACUGUUUUCCUGUCAUAUCACAUUUUUCUCCCCUUGUGUAAAUAACCAUUUCAAAAUGUAUAAAGCAAAAUGUCAACUGUGGGGGCUUGCUUUAUUUUUUUAGUUAUGUUUUGUUUUGAUAGAUGAGUAGCACCUUGUGAGUAGCAAAUCAGCCCUGUCAAAUGUUUCUCCAUGAUGGCACUGGCACAAUGCCGUGUUUGUGAUACUUCCAUGCAGGGAAUAGAUGGCAUUGCUCCACAGUGUAAAAAAAAAAAAAAAAAAGAAAGUUGUAAAAUUAAGUAAUACUGUGCAUAAAAUGGCAUUUCUCAUGUUUUUUUU